UUGAGGGCAGUGAAUCAUCGUGAAUCGUGAAUAUCGUGAUACUUGAUGGCUAUUCGUGCUACGUUUAACAUUGUAUGUGCUGUGCGCAUGUAAACUGUUUCCUACGCCAUUGCAUGUUAACACAUUACGUGCUUAUUUAACAAUUUAAGACUUUAUACGCACAGAGAGCUCAGUAUUAAACGUCAGUGCAGCUCAGAUAACGUGAUAAAAAGAGAGCAAGCGUGUGUACACACAUACGUGUCUUUAACUGAAUUACCGAGAAAUUUUGGUUUUGGUCCACACGAAAAUCUCUCGUGUGCUCUAUACGUACAGUUGCAUCUAUACCUAUUCGGAUCGGAGUUCGGAAAAGGGACAAGAAGGAGAAUUGUCUAAAAGUGUCGUGUGUGCAGUGGGUGUAAGCUGUACCAAGUACCAAAAAAAAAGCGGUGCAAAAUGUCGCGCUUUGGCUUGCUGAUGGGCGAUUUCGAGGACGAUCCCUUUUUCGGAGCUCAUAUGCAGUCCAUGCAGCAAAUGAACAACAUGAUGAAUUCCAUGUUUGCUGAUCCCUUUGGGAUGAUGGCUGGCCCACCAGCAAUAAUGGGAGGCCAAAGUCAAAACAGACAGCUUCAAAUGCCAGGGAUGCAAAUGAUGCCGUUUGGCUUUCCAUCCAUGGGAAUGAACCUCAACAGAAUGUUCUCAGAUUUGCAAAACAUCAAUUCCAAUCCAAAUUGCCAUUCCUUUACCAGUAGUUCAAUGAUGACCAUGACAACUGGUCCUGAUGGCAGGCCACAAGUUUAUCAAGAAUCCAUGUCAUCGCGAACUGGACCAGGAGGUGUUAAGGAAACCAAAAAAAGUGUCAGCGACUCACGCACUGGAACACGAAAACUGGCAAUUGGACAUCACAUUGGCGAAAGAGCACAUAUAAUUGAGCGUGAAAAGAAUGAGUAUACUGGGGAUCAAGAAGAGCACCAAGAUUUUAUUAACCUUGACGAAGAGGAAGUCGAUACUUUUAAUCAUGAAUGGCAAUCAAAAACCAGAUCGUCAUUGGGAGCCAUUGGAAAUUCUCCUUACAGGUCUUCGUAUGAUAGAGCUCAGGCAAAUAGGCAGCUGGCUUUGCCGAGUACAGCCCCAAGUGAUCAGCAAAGUAAAAAUCUAUCUUCAAGAAUAUUAGCAGCACCUCGGCGCACAAUCAAGAAUGCACUUUCGUCUAAAAAAAGUAAAAGUAAACACAAAGAUUCCUCUCGAUCCGCUGAGAGUACCAGUACCAGUAAUAGCGCCAAUACGUCUAGUUCAACUUCCAAGGUUUCCCCGUCGUCAGAGUUGCCCGAGGAUCUGAGCAGUAGCAGCAGUAAUAAUAACAACAAUCACAGCAACAGUUCCGGUCGAAAACGAGAACACAGCCCCGAUAUCGAGGAAAUUGAGAACCCCAAUCACAAGCGUCGUUCCCACGGAGCGACUAGUGAUGAAUAAGAAAAAAUAAAGGGGGAACGAUUCCAUACUUUUUGCGAGAGGCGACUUUGAUGGCAACGCACUAUACGUUAUACAUCCUACUUAUUCCGUUUUCAUCUCUUUAUUUUAUGCAACUUGUCAGUUGUUGCCUUUUGUCGAAGAUUAUGCCAAGUCUCUUGGUCCAAGUUGGAGCUUUCCUAGUUUCCUUUUGAGAAUCUUGGAGAGAGUGCGCGUGAUAACGAAAAAGGAAACCCGUACAACUUAUGAUUCCUCUGAGAGUGUAUCUGGUGGCUAGAUAAAUUUUUUAAAAUAUUUAAUACAGUUGCCGAAAUGUAUAACUUGGACCAGGAAAAUAUAAAAAUUAUUUAGCUGGAGGCUGGAGUUGAUGAUUUCACUCCUUUUGUAUUAAAAAUAAAGUUCCAAUCGUUUGUAAAGACCGUAUGAAAUGUUUUUUUUUUU